AUGCAAACAUCAGUCCCCGUUUAUUCAUACAAAUACAAACACCUAGGUACUGCAAAGGCAGUGAAGUAGAAAAAAUGUAACAGGUUCCAAGUAAAGUUCUUUGAUCAAUAAUAAAGAUGAUAUUGUGUCUGCUACCCUUCAGGAAAAACCCCCUUCACUAAGGAGGAAACCUGAACCCUCCCAAAAGCAGAGCCAGACACUAAACAUGAACCUCGAGGGAGAGAGGUUGAACUAGAAUACAAAAUUGUGAGUACAUCAACAACCAACGAUAAUCAACUCAAAUGACACAAAAAGAAAAAAGCAUUGACAAACGAAACUCGGGCAGCGAUGUCAGCUUAGAACGAUUGCCUCAGUAAAAUCCCGCCCUUUUAUACUUGAGUCUCUGUGACAGCUGUCAAUAAGCUGGAACCGUGAAAACAUUUAAUUUGCUGCUAUUCUUAGAACCACAGCAAAUAGCAAUUUUAACACGUUUGGAAGAGCUAAUGAACUUUUAAAUCGUUUCAAUUUUUCAAGAUCACAUCUUAUUGAUAUUCAUGAAAAAAACAGGACCAGGGUAACAAGUCCGGAUAAUCAAGGUUCAACUGUAUUGGGUGAUUAAGAUGAUAUUAUAUGUUGUAUAUGUUUUGACACUUACAGGUUUUCAGUGUUUGCACUAAGAACUCAAGCAAGGCCAAGUUAAAUUUGAAAGGUGGAAAAUCCCAUCCAUUGGAUAAAACUCUAUUCAAAUGAUUGCAGAAUCGGUUUCCCUAAUACUUAUCCACUGGAUAGUGAUUUAUCCAGUGAAGAUUGCUAUCCAACGUUUGAAAAACUGGGACCAGUUGGCUAUAUUAGCAAGUACUAACACUGUCGCUUUCCUCUAGGGGUGUUGGGUCUUCCAUUUUUUUUUUAAUUGGGCAGCUCAGAAAUGCCAUUUCCAGAAAAGUAAAUGUAACACAUCAUUGAAAAGAUUUAAGGUUUCUUCCACUAUCCAGGUACUAAUAAACAAGUUGGCGGCUUGUCGAAGACCAAACUCGUUCUUUUUUGGAUAUUAGGUCAAACACUUCUUAAUGUGUCUGUAGUUGGCUGUUGAAGUGACUUACAUGUGAAAGUCCACUCUAACUUCCAAACAUUUUUAUGGUUAUUAUGAUCCAAGAUCCAAACUUCCUUUGUAGUGAUUCGUUAUUUUCUCCCUGUGAAUCUUAGUUUGCAUAUUAGUGAAUUUCAGAUUGUGAUUUAAAACACUGAUAAAAGUACAUGUGUAUGUACUUUGUUUGUAGAAUAUAUAGUUGUCUUCAAUGGUUAUUACAGCACAUCAGUGCGAGAUGACCUUGUUACCGCCGCCCUUGGCUCAGUUUCCAUUUAUUCCUGGAAGAUAAUCCGUCGGCAUAAUCCUGCAAGUCAUUACCCUAGUGAUUUCUCCCUUGUAAAGGUGAGGAAACUAACCUUAACUUACUGUUUAAAAAAACAAGCAGGAGUGUAUUACCAGGUUUAAAAACUCAAGGUGGAGCCAAGAGUUUUUACAUCUGAUUGGGGUUAUUUUGGUCUAAAAAAUUGGACAUAAAAUUUAGCCAUGUUGUUAUCAGAUACAUGUAAAUACACUCAUUAAACAUUAAUUUCUUUGAUUUUCUUUAUGAAUUAUUUAUGAGUUUUUGAAGCUGUUAAACCUGUACUUACAUUGUAUUAUAAUUGUAGAUUCCAUAUUAACUGGGCAGUUCUUUAAUUACAUGUAGUAGAAUAUACUGGGAAUUAUUUCAAUGGUACAGGUGUAGACACAAUAUUAUUGCAAUAUGGGUCGUGUAAAUUGCAAGUAAACGUUAACGCUGCUAGGCCAUUUGAAACAACAAUGAAACAACAUUAUUAAGAGGAAAAUGAAUGGAUAGUACAUCAUAAGUACUGCUUUCAUACUAUAAAAAACUUACAUGUGCAUGUAAUGUACCCUGAUACAUUUUUGAGCAUACAUGUACGUGCAAUUUGGGUCCACUCAGACACGUACCACAUAUUGCCAGAAGUAUGUACAUGUUACGAGUCAAAUUUGAUUUCAGGUAAUGCUUUUUUAACCUAAGUUGCUUCUCAAUUUCUUUUGUCUCUUUGGGCUAGGAGACAAGAGAAAUUGAGAAUCAACCUAGGUUAGAACAUUUAAUGUGAAGUCAAAUUUGACUAGUAACAUACAUGUUCUCUAGACUUGCUUUGUACAUUUUGGUCAGUGAUUGUUAUUUCAUGCGUGACUUAAAUAUAAUUCAGCUGCAAGUAAUUUACACUAGAAUUUAAUAUUUUUUUGCUUAUAUUGCAGCUGAAAGGAGAUACUGGCAAUGGUGUUGAUGCAUUAAAGAGACAUCCAAAAAUUCGGAGCGUUACACCACAGAAGAGAGUGGAACGAUUCCUCAAGAGUGUAGAAGGUACAGCAAGACAGUGUAUUGUGAGAUAAACUUUAAAAAGUCACCUUAAUGUAAACAAAUUUUAAAAGUGAAUACGAAGAAGGCUUUGGACUAGGCAAUAACAUAAUGUGAACUGCUGAGAAUACUUUAUCUUACAUCUGCAUAUUGCAGAAUACAAGUCGUGAAAAGCCCUCUCGGGGGGGGGGGGGGGGGGGGGGGGCACACCCAACCCCCCCCCCCUAGUCCCCCCCCUGUCCCUUCCCCUUUUUGAUCAUUUCACAUUGCCAAAUGUACAGCCUGUCCCGUUUUACAAUGCCCUUUUGUUUCCCAGAAGAUGAAAAGGAUAGUGUUUUUUCUCCUCCUGGGUUAAAAACUCCUCGUAGGUCUCUUGCGUGUGGUGUGUCGGUCUAGCUGUCUGUUGCCUCUUUUUUUUUUUUUUGAGGUUCCGGCGACCACCCAGAUCUCCCCCCUUUCCCCACCCGCCCCUCUUCCGGUCUGAAAACUUUUUUCUACCGCGGCAUAUUGCAAAAAACAAGGCGUGAAAACCCCCCUCGGGGGGGGGGGGGAGGAGGGGUGCACACCCAACACCCUCCCCCUAGAUCCACUCCUGAUCCUUCACCAUUUUGAUCAGUUCACAUUGUCAAAUGUACAGACUGUUCCAGUUUACAAUGUCCUUUUGAUUGCCAGAAGAUGACAAGGAUAGUGUUAUUUCUCCUCCUGGGAUAAAAAGUACUAAUGAACUUUUUAAUUGGCUGAUUUCUUGAUACGUUAUGUGUACCUUUAUAUGUACCUUUUAUGUGUAUCUUUUUUCUUCCUAGUGAAAGAGAGGGAUUCUGACAAACAAAAUGAACCAGGUGCUGACUGUGCAGAGCAGGAUAUUGGCUGCUGGUCUCAAAAGUGGAGUGCACGGUAUUAAAGAAAACUUAUCUCAAUUCUUUUCACAUCCGUGGGCAGUUUGCAAGGUCUUCUUGAGACUUUCACAUAGUUGCCAUUACUUUGCAUGGAGGCUUUUUUCUGUAUGUUAGUUAGAGCUGCUGUUUUAAAUAAUGCAUUAAAUUAUCUGAAACAUUGACUGUUGAUAUUAAUGUUAUUUACCUUUCAGGCGAACAACGCGAUCAAGCUUGGCAUUGGUGAGCAUUUUUCGUGUUUGUUUGUCACAUUGUCUCACCUCUUUCUUAGAAAAGUUUUGUCAUUCUGCAAAUUCAUUUAUAUGUAGUGUUGGAGGUCUGAAUAGUCUGUUAUAUACAUUCACUAGACAUACAUGUAUCCACCCCCCCUUCCUCCCCUCCCCCCACCUCACCCUAUACACUACUGUAUAUAUGGAUUAUUUUUUUAGACAUACAUGUAUGUGUAGUAAUACAGUUGUACUUGUGAUAAAGAUAAGUCAGCUAAAAGAAUGGUAGGCAAUUCUACUGCUAUUAUAGUUUUAAGUGUGAAUGUGGACUUUUCUCAAUACUAAUGAUCAUAAAAUAAUGAAUAACUAUAUGAAUUUCAUAUAUUUGAACUGCGAGAUGAAGAAAUAAAUUAAUGUAAAGAAGAUGAUCGGAACUGAGGAUGCAACUUAUGCAGUUGUAAAAAGAAAGUUUCUUAGGCUUUCUUUUCAUAGCUGCAUACAAAAUUAAUGUGAGUUGAGUCAUUAACUUUGAUGGUCUUCUUUACAUUGUACAUGCACAUUAUAUUUUUUUACUAAUGAUCAUGUAUGCUUUUUUAUACAUGUACCAAAAUAAUGUUUUCCUAUUUUUAAUGCGUUUAAAGUUUUCCUCUCUCUUCCUUCGUAGUUUUAACUUUGAUAAAUAUAUAUAGGUUUUUUAACCUUGGUUGAUUCUCUACUUCUGUUCUAUCUUAGCCCCAAUUAUUCAAUUAUGGCCAGGAGACAAAGAAUAUUGAGAAUCAACCUUGGUUUAAAAAACUCCAUUCUGAAUAAUCAUAUAAUUUUGACCUGUUACAUAUGCAUGCAAAGUUGAUGGUACAGUACGUUUAGUGACUUUAUAACCUAGAUGUAUUAUGAGCACCAUAUUACUGUAGCCAUGUGACUGUCUUCUCGCCUCUCUAAUGAAUACUGAACAGAUUUCAUUGUUAAGUCAUUGUUUUCUAUAUCUUGCUAGUUUUUUACUCUUCUGUAUUUUAAAGAAAUUAAAUAAACAAAAAUGAACAAUAAAUAAAAUUAUCACCUGUAACUUGUAGAUUAGUCACUGUUCUGGUUGUUCUUGUUUUAGAGUCACAACCUCUUGAUACAAUCACAGCUGCGUCACAAUUCUGGACGGAGGAUUUUAAGAUCUGUUCCUAGACAGGUGUGUACUGCAAGAAUUACUGUUUCAAUAUCAUGAAUUAAACACUUUCUGGGAAAAUGUACACUGUAGAAAUUUCCGUACCACUGAAAGCUCGAGUCUUAACUACAUGUACUUGAUAGGUGUCCUAGAAAUGAUAACAGAGAAAAAGAAAAUAUCAUUGUUUACUACAGUAUAUCAGUGGUACUGUUAAUACAGUCAAACCAUAUUAAAACAGACACCAAAAUUGGGAUAAAAGAGCCAAUUGUGCACAAUUACAAGAGUGUCUAUAUUGUAGAGAUUGGGGUUAGAGAUAGAGGUUAUUAAGUUUGCCAUUUGUAAGACCUGGAGAAUAUUGUUCUUAGUGGAAUGGUGUUGAUAAGGAGAGGUGUACUGUACAAUAUUAGCUAUCACCGUUAAUUUAUAGUAUGGUGGAAUGGCAACGGUUUUAGAUAAAACUUUGUACUAACCUACAGCUGUACAUGUUUAUGUAUGCUGUACAUCUAGAACAGUUUAUAAUUUAAUAGUAUUCUCUGGGAGUACUAGUGUGGAAGUGUUUUUUAUUUGCACUGUCUCUCUCUCUUUUUUUUUCAUCCAUUUAUCAAGCAGUCCAUGGUCCAAAGUAUCAUAAUUUUUAUUAUUCAUUUUUCUUUUAGAUUGUUCAUGUCCUGCAGGCUGAUGUGUUGUGGAGCAUGGGACACACAGGUAGGAGGAAUUUAGUAAUACAUGUAAUAAUGAUAAUGAUGAUGAUGAUGGCUAUAGUAAAAGUACAGUGGAAGCUUCCUUAAAAUGGACACCUUUGGUAUUCGAAAAAGGUGUCUGUAACUGGAACUGGCCGCUUACGGGAAUGCAAAACUACAGAGUUUGUAUGAGAGUUGAAAAAGAAAAAAAACAAACAAACAACAGGCUUUUGUGAAGGCAGCCAUUUAAGUAGAGCUGUCCAGUAGUGUUUUUGUAAUGUACAAAAGUUAAUACAUGUAGCAAAGACUAUCAUUUUGCAGAUAAAAUAAAAUCUGCAGUUGUUCUUAGAGCACACAUGAAUUAUCUUACUAACAAAAUAAUGUUGUUUCAUUGAAUAUAAUUAUGGCGGUGACCAGUCUGAAUGGUGACUUCUAAAGGCGGGUAUACAGCACACAGCUGUAUGACCUUUCAAAAAAAAGUUACACUAUAUUUGCAGCUCCCGAUGUAAGUGUACAUGUUGACCUGUCCACUAAUGACCUCUGUUAAAGAGAGUUCAUGGUGUUUAACCCUUCACAAAUAAUGAGAUAUUGCCUUUUUGUUGCAGGGGAUGGAGUUAAAGUUGCCAUUUUUGACACUGGUUUGCCAAAGAAUCAUCCUCAUUUUAGAAAGGUUAUGGACAGAACCAACUGGACAGAGGAAAAAACACUGGAUGAUGGUGAGAAAUCAUAAACAUUUGACUACAGUUUCUACAUGUAUUGUCAUUAAGUGACUACGUAUACUAAUAACAGUAACAGUCCAAUUUUAUUGCACUUUUUUAACAUUGUAUGCAUGUAAAAUUAUCACGGAAGUGAUGAAUUCAGGAGCUGAGAUGUUACAAUUGUAAUAAAAUGUACACGUGUCGGCGUGCGUGUAGUGUCCGAUAGCCCGGGGCGAGUGGAUUUUGCUAUCGGGCUAGUGAAUUUUGUUCUUAACUUGCCCAACGGGCAAGUGAAGUUUUUUUGAGGAAUUCAAAUUACAGAAGAACUGUGAAUUCCCAAAUUAUUUCUACUCAUCAAAAUGAUUUUGGAGCUAGUUGAAAUGUCGUUUGGGUAAUUAUAUUCUAGCUUAAGCUUGCCUGAAUGGCAAGCUUUAAAAGUGACUUUCUUUGCACCCUGUGUAUAAUCCUCUUUUAUGUCUGAGCCACCAAAUACAGCCAUCACUAGGGUUGUUGAGUGAGGCUACAAUAAUUAAUUAUUGUCCCAGCGAGACACUAUAAUUUAUUUGUAAACAAUUAUGUAUACACUGUAUUAUGCAUCUCAAAAGUUUAAGUCACCUGUGCCAUUACCUUUCCAUUUCCAUUUCCUUCCAUUAGUUUAGUUUAUUACUUAAUACCUGUUGUUGUACUUUUAAUGGCAGGACUUGGCCAUGGUACAUUUGUAGCUGGUGUUGUGGCCAGUUCAAGGGAGUGUUUAGGCUUUGCACCUGAUGCAGAGCUGCACAUCUUCAGAGUGUUCACUAAUAGUCAGGUACAUGAAUAUUGAUUGAAACACAUUACAUGCAUAUAGCUGCAUGGAUAAGCAAGUUGUAAAUUAUUAAUGAUUUUUUUAUCAUUAUCAUCAUUAAUGCUAUUAGAGAGGGUAUGCCUUCAGAGAAGUUUGUUCUUGCACAGACUACAAGGCUGCGCUUAAGCAGUGUAAUGUUGUUUUUUGUUUUGUUUUUGUUUUUUUUCAAACACAUGAAAAAUAUUAUUCUUGGUGAUAAGUCAAUAAUGCAAAAUUGUUAUUACAUGUAUUAAUAUUAUUAUAAUCAUCAUCAUUGUUAUUGUCAUUAUUAUUGCAAAUCUUACUAUGUUAAUGACAGGUUUCCUACACUUCGUGGUUUUUGGAUGCAUUCAACUAUGCAAUUCUGAAGAAAGUGAAUGUUUUGAAUUUGAGCAUUGGAGGACCAGACUUCAUGGACCAACCCUUUGUUGAUAAGGUUUGUGUAACUACUUACAAGUUGUAUUCACAAUUUUUUUUAGGUUGUCCAUGUACCCCACACUGCACAAUUCAUUAUUCAUUAAGAUUUAGGACACUUAACUUUCAGGGAAGGAUGGGAUGUAGCAGAAACUAUUAGGGGUGAGGGGUGGGUGGAGGAGGGGUGAACCUUAUAUUCCAGGGUUGAGUAGUUGAAAGGACAUGUAGCUCUAAUCAGGGGUUAGUUUCCACAACAACUCAUAUCUCCUAUUUAUAAGAACUACAAACAACUUGGCCCAGUUGUACAUGUAUUAUUACAGAGUAAGAGAAAAUUUCCUUUUUUUUUUCACUUGUUCUUCGGAGAAGCACUAUAUUAAAUUUGUUGUCCAAAAUGCAAGAGUUCUUGUGCAAAAAGUUUUGUCAGGUUCCUAAGCCAAAUGGAACUCACAAAAACAAAUAAAAUGGCCCCAGUAGAGCAAAGUUAAAAGGAUACCCUUAUUUUGUCAAGUAUGAGGAUUGCUUUUAUGACUAAGAUAAAUUUUACUUGUGUUCUACUGUAAUUUGAAGUCAAUUUUCAAAUGUUUCUGUAUUUUUUCUAAUUAAAAAUGUUCUUUUCCCACGGACAAGUCAUAAGGUUUGCAUGUCUGAACUAAAUUUCUACCUGUCCUGGACAAUCGGACAGAGGUUUUGGCUCACCCUGAUUGUUACAGUAUUUAUAAAAUAAAUGUAUUUAAUAAUUAUUGUUGUUUUGCUUUUUGAUUGUCAGGUGUGGGAGCUUACUGCCAAUGGUGUGGUUAUGGUUUCUGCUAUUGGCAAUGAUGGCCCCCUCUAUGGGUAAGAAAACAGCAGUGUACUGCAUUUGAUGAACUUAACAUGAUUGUAUUUCUAUUACAAAUUUCAUUAGACAUUGUUCCAUACCCCCAAUGUAAACUUACACUGUAUACGUAAGGCCCAGUACAUAACUCCCAUUUCACAUUUUUCUGAAUCUAAUGCCAAUGAACAAGAACGUCAGAUUUCCCUCAUUAGGAUCCAGUUUGGCACAUCUGACAUGUGAAUUGUGACGUUUGAACUGGGCCUAAGGGAUACUGCAAAACAUUGACAAAGGAUUUAUUAUGUUGAAAGACAAAAAAUAAACCAAGCCUGCAUGUAUAAUAAACAAUUUUUUUUUACACCAAGACACGAAAACAUUAUCACACCUUUUUCCUGACUGUCACAAGGAUAUGUGUACAUGAGCCAUACAGUUUAUUUACAUCCAGAAUCAGUUAAGGUGAAUUUGCGACGCGAAAAUUCCAAAUUAAGUUUUGAAUUAAGCCUGAAAAACAAACAGUACUAUGUGAAAGUGCCAUCAAAAUUAAUUCAUUUGGAUAUUUACAGCAUAAUAGUUAGGCUUCCAUCCACGACUCAAAAGUUACACGAAGGCUCUUUCAAGGGUUCAUUGUUCUGACAAAAAUAACAACAAAUUCUGAACAGUGUGCAUGUAGUGGCCAUCAUCUUGUGUUUUAAUUUGUUGCUUUUCCACUUUGAAGAACUCUGAAUAAUCCUGCUGAUCAGAUGGAUGUCAUCGGUGUUGGAGGAAUCAACUUUGAAGAUCACAUUGCAAGAUUUUCUUCCAGAGGAAUGACUACAUGGGUAAAAACUGCCUCAAGAAUUUUUUCUAUCAGUCUGUAACAACUAUGUGAAUGCAGUUGUAGUUCCAGUUUUCACUUGUCUGCUCCAUGGGCUGAAACAAGUGACAGCUAGAAAAUAGGGCCUUACUGCUUGCCCAGAAAUUUCAGUAACGGAUGUAAACGAGUUUAUCAUUAGGCUUGACCCUUUAUGUUACGGCAAAUUAUGUUGACUGCAGUGCGUGCUUUGUUCCCUGUGUUAUUCACAUUUCAUGUUAUUCUCAAAAAAUGAGAUGAGUUAAUUUAAUUUGAAUUAUUAAUCCAAAUUAAAAUUAAUAUUAACUCAACUCAAAGUCAUUACACUUUCACUUGGGAUAAAAUUCUGUAAAGAUGACGUCAAUUUACAUUUGAAGCAAGAAGCAGAGACUUGUUCACAUUUUAAGUACAUGUAUUGUUUUGAGCUGAUACCCCCAUAAGGCAUUCACCUUAAGAUCUUUUUCUGUUUUGCCAUCUUGUAGGAGCUUCCUAAUGGAUAUGGCCGAGUCAAACCAGACAUUGUUACUUAUGGUUCUGGAGUACGAGGAUCAAGUCUCAAGUAUGAUCAGUUUCUGUUUUCUGUUUUUGUUUGUUUGUUUUUUUGAAAAAGUCUAAACAAUAGGUUCAAUUUCCGCCGCUCUCUCACGUCCGGUCUUGUUCCUCCCGGAUAUUAAAGAGACAUUUUAGCUUAUCAGAGGAGGAGCAUGGACUCAUUUCCUGAACAGCGGGUAGCAAUUAAACCUCCCCCGCAGACGUUCUUUUGGCUCGUUACGCAAUCCUCCCAAACGAACGACCUUCGUGGGGCAGGAACGCGUGGUGAACCCAAGAACGUCUGCGUGGAAGGCUAGUAGCAGUUGAGCGUAUCUAGACAACACUUGAGUAAGCACUGUGUUCGUACUUCAAGUAUGUGCUUGGUAAAUAUUUCAUCCACUCAUUGUUUUAAUAAAUCUGUUUUCAGGGGUGGCUGUCGUUCACUGUCUGGUACCAGUGUCGCGUCCCCUGUUGUUGCUGGUGCAGUUUCUCUUUUAUUGAGGUAGACAUCAGUCUUGAUUCUUUAGCACUUACUUGCAUGUUCUGAGGGUCAGGGUUAUUUUUUGGAGUGAUUCAACAAGUUUCUUGAAUUGGUGACACUUACUGUACCACAGCUUUGCACAUUCAGCUAAUACCUGCUGGAGAUGUAGAAAUAGCUUCAGAAUAUAGGAAAUACGAAAAGUCAGUUUGAAAAGUUUCUCUGAAGAAGAAAAACGUGUUUUAACGCGAAUAAUUUGAAGGUCUGGGAGCUGAUCAUUGACUUUUAAGGGAAGCAUAGUGUGAUUUAGGAUGCAUUCGAUUGACCUUUAAUGCUCGAUUCUAGAAGAGGGAUACAUAGAAUAAUCCAGAACAUCCGUUCGAUUGACCUGCUGUUCCAGUUCUGCGGAAUAAGCAGGACAUAAUUGCGCAAGAUUCUGCUCCGAUAGUGGAAUAAUGACGUCAUUUGCUCGUGUUCCGGCUGGUUUUCACAAUAAUAAAGACCUUAAGAUCGAGGUGUGGCCAUCUUACUGCAAACGGCAAACCACCGCGUGCGGUAUGCGGUUCAACGUUACUGGCCUGCCCAUAUUUGGGACUUAAGAUUCCCAGGUGGUAUCUCGCGGCUUCCAUGUUUGUAUUCAUUCAUUCGUUCACUUUUAUUUCAGCGGAGAAAUUGUCUUUAAAAAUUGCGUUUCGAAGAAAAAAUUCCAUAACUGAUAACCAAAAGAGUUCUAAAAGUAGUGUUUUCUCUCAAAUGUGGGAUUGUGAUGUUGUAGGAUGCAAAAAACCUUGGGGUAAAUCACCUGCCUUUAGAGCGUGGUCUAGCCGUACGAACGUGAAUCGCAAACCACAAACCUGACAGCAGGCACUAGUCACGUGACUUCUUGACGUUCGCGGUUUGCGGGAACUGCCGAUCGUAAGGUCUCUUAUGGUGGACAUACCCAGUGACAGUAAACGGCAUUUAAACUCAAGGAAAAUGAUAAACUCCAUUGUAAAGGUUACUACUGGGGCAAAGAAGAAACGUCUUGACCUAAUUAUUUCCUUGACGAAAAGCGAAAAAGCCUCUGAAUUUCUCAGUCGGCAUAACCUUUACUAGUGUAAAAUCAUUUUUAGAACAAAAAGGAGUUCAAUUUUUUUUUCAUGUUGUCCCUAGUGCUGUUCAGCAUCGUGGAAAUGCUGUGAAUCCGGCCAGUGUCAAACAAGCUCUGAUGGCUUCAGCUCGCCGCCUUCCAGGGUUUAACAUCUUUGAACAAGGUGCAUAUUUUCUUCUUGACUUGCAUGUAUUUUGUCUUUAAAAAGUAAAUUGCCUUUCCAUGUUCAGGGCUAGAAACAAGUCCCGUCCAGCAGUCUGGGACAGUUUGAUUUUCUUGCUGGGCAGAUAACUAUAAAGCUCACCUGCCCAAUGGGCAACAGUCCAAGCUAGUCAUCUUCUAACUAAAUCAUUAACUAAGAUGAGCAAGAAGUGUCCCCAGGCAAGCGAAAUGUGAGAGCUGAUUGCCCAAAGGACAAGCUGGAAUUCAAGUUUUUUUCGAGCCCUGAUAAUCAUUCUUAUAAGAAGAGAAGCUUUUUAUUCUUUCACAGAAUAUUUUUGAGAGGUGAAAGAUGGAAUGUUUUCUGACAUGCGCAUGUGGCUUACAAUAAAUGAGCAGGGAGGCAGCUGUGAGCUCACCACGUUAGACUCGCAAUAUGGCGGGUCCCGGAUUCCUGUCCCACCCUGACCGCUAGCCGGAUUUGUUUCUCGAUUUUCCUGUCUUUACCUCCUCGGUCAUACAUGUAUAAAUAGAAAGAUAUUUACCUCUUGCAUGUUGGGGUUUUUAGCUAUGUUACCUUUAAAUUGUUUUUUGGUGACUAUUUGAGUAUAGUGCACUUCCACUGUAAACAAUGUAUUUACCUUAAAUGAUACCCCAAUGUUAAUGUUAAGAAACCCCUAUAUGGAACACGUAGGGUAACAAAUGCAUUGUCUCUCUUGCUAUAAUAAAAUAUAUGAAAUAUUGCCCUGAUACGGAUAUACAUGUUUGUAAGGUAUCGCCGUUAUAACAAACGGUUUUCCUGCUCUUGAACACUCGUUGAAUUAUUAACUGUGAGUGGGAAGUUUUUUCCUAUCAGACUGUUUUUGUUUUAUUUCAGGUCAUGGCAAACUUGACCUCAUCAAAGCAUAUCAGAUUCUCAGCAACUACAAACCUCAAGCAAGGUAUUGACUGUCAGUUUGAGUGUACAGUCGAAACCCUACUUAUGGUCGCCUCUUAAUGUAUACAUUAAUUGGCUCUAUCUAGGAUUUAUCGUUUGGGAGAGAAGUCCCUAGUGGCCGAAGGCCACGAGCUUCUUAGGAUGGUCCGGGGGCAUACCCCCCGGAAGUUUUUGAAAUCAAUAUGUGCAGAGAUGCAAUCUGGUGCAUUUUGAGACACAAUUUUGAGAAAUGUUACAGUGUGUACAGGGGGGCGGGGGAAGCUUCUACCCCUGAAAUACCCUAGAUAGAACCCUGCAUGUCAAACUAUUAUUUACUUUGUCUUCUAUGAACAAUAAGGGCUAAGAGACAAAGGAACAGUCCUUUUUGCCUACAACAUAUGUUUGUAAAUCAAAAUGAAUCCACUCCCAACUACUACCCUACCCCUGAAAUACCCUAGAUAGAACCCUGCAUGUCAAACUAUUAUUUACUUUGUCUUCUAUGAACAAUAAGGGCUAAGAGACAAAAGAACAGUCCUUUUCGCCUACAACAUAUGUUUGUAAAUCAAAAUGAAUCCACUCCCAACUCCCAAUUCUUACAAUCUUUUACUUAAAUCUGUUACUGACUAGACUUCUUUAGUUUCCAAAAAAAUUAACCACUUGCAAAACAGGAUAACUUUCUGUAGAUGUAUUCCCUAGUGCAUAGACUGAAAUAUUUUUGUGUGUGUCUUGUUUCUUGGCAGUUUGAGUCCUGCGUACAUAGAUUUAACCGAGUGUCCUUACAUGUGGCCAUACUGCACACAGCCCAUCUACUAUAGUGGAAUGCCAACCACUGUAAAUGUAAGUCUGUUUUGACAUAAUGGCUUGUUUUGAAUUACUUAUCAAACGGCCUGUCAUAAACUCGAGAGACAUGUGCGCAGCAACAUCACUGAUUCAUGACAGCAAGGCCAUGUGGCUUCGUGAAAGCGAGGCAGUUGGCGUCAAGACAGAGAGUUCAAAGGAAGACUGUAUUCAAUCCGCAAACGCAAAAUCUUCAACGUCAUCAGGAAAUUUUUGUCGCCUGGUCGUACAUUGUUGUCAUAAUCACCAUCACUAUCAGCAGUUUUAGGAUGACUGUUUUGAUUAACAUGUGCGCCAUGAAUUUCGUGAGAAACAACAACAGCGAAUAACGAAACCUUUUUUCCACUUAAUAUGCUUAAGGUGCGAUAAUCAAGAUUCGUAUUAACUAUAAGCUGUGUGUCUUAUUCAUUGUCUUGCUCAUGCAACGUUUGUUUUGUAACUUACGCGAUUUUGAAAGGAUUCCUUAACGACUGCGUGAUCGUUUCUUUAAUCAGAUCACUAUUUUGAAUGGAAUGGGAGUCACUGGGCACAUCGAAGGACAUGUAAGUUACGUUUCUCCUAAACAAAGCCUCCACUCUUUUAUCCUGAUUCAGCAGAAACUUACAGUCAUGUAGCAGCUCCCCUAACCCUAAAAGCCAAUUGGUUCGAUACCCUAACCGAGAAACAAUGGGAAAUGAUAAUAAACAAUGAUGUGUUGUUGCUUUCUGCGACCAAUGAAGGAACACCUUAAGAGCAUCUCCUACAUUACCCGAAACGUAGUGGUACGUGCAUUUUUGGUCACUUUGAAGUCGAGAGUGAGACUUGGUACCGAGUUUUGUCGAAUUGCACUGUGGUACCUAUCGGAUACUAUCGCCCUUUUUAUUGCCUAUUACGAGGUUGCUUAGGGAGCUGAAUCCAAAUUCGCCCCCAAAACGGUUUCUUUGUUCGAAUUCGAUGGAAAAUUGCUUUAAAGGGGAAACUACAGUUGUCACGUGGAAAUCGUGAGGUAAAUGGCACCUGCAGCUUCUGACACGCUGUUAUUGUAUUUUGAAAUCGAACAGAGGAACUGUCUACGCUCCGAUAAAUAUCCCUUCCAACCCCCCCCCCCUCCCCUCAAAGAAAAAAAUCUAACAAAUGUAUCAUUAACGAUAUGUUUACAAACUAAGACAGAGUCCUGUAACCAUAAUCAGAGAAGACCAGAGCUGCCGUACAAUGCUUUUGUUCGGAAUAUUUAAUGCAAACGUAAUCUGAAAAUUAACUUAACUGUUCUUCCUAUUUACAGCCAACGUGGCAUCCCUAUCCGUCUCAAAAUGGAGACUACAUACAGGUAAAAAUAUUCAUAGUAGUUCCUGUCAAACGAUUCCCUUUUAAUCGUCUAGUUAUAUAAAACAUGGAGACAAAGUGAUUCGCUGAGAAGAAGUUGAAUACACAACACGUAGGGGAGAACUUCUGACUAGCUUCGAAGUGUAUGAUCUUGUGAUAGAAAACUGUGUGUCGAAUAUUUGAUAUUAUUUCCCACACAAAUUGACUUUAGAAGGAGAAAUUAAUGAUUCAAAAUGGAGAAUUUUCUCAUUUAACAUUAUUUUCUCUUGUAUUAACUAUUUUCUUUAGUAAAUAUUAAUGAGUGAGAACAUUACUAGGAGAAACCUCUUUUGCAGCUCAUCCUGCUUUAAGGUCAAGAAGGCACCCUUCGAUUGCCUUUUUUGCUUUCAUGGCUGCACAAAGCAAGGUCUUAAUGUGUGUCGCUAUCUUGGCUUGUUUCAUAAUAAUAUUCCAAGACGAAGCACACCAACAUAGUUCUUAAUUGAUUUCUUAGUUAUAAUGUCCGUGUUCAGAAAGAGGAAGGAAAACUCGCUUCAUCUGUGCACGUCUACCAUAAAACGUUGGCCAGAAUAAAGACAUUUUACAUUUUAGUUGUUUAGAGAACGGCAAAGAAAUGUGCAAGUUCCUAAAAAGUGUGAUGCACGUGCAGAGUUGUUUUGCUCGUAGAACCUGUUUUUGUUUUAUUGUUGUUCAUUACCAAAACAACAACAAUGCAUUUCACUGCCGUAACAGAACGAUUACGACGUGAAAUUUUGUAAUUUCUUGUUUUAUGGAGGACGCUAAAACAAGACGACGAUUUUAUUUUUAUUUUUCUAAACUUGGAUACGGUCCUUAAGGAAUCAAUUACAGAAAAAGUCGCUACAGUUGACAAAUUAAAAAAAAAAGGAAUGAUAGCGAUGAAGUUUGAAACAGCGGAAAUUCACAUUUUAAAUACCGUUUCUCCUAAUUUUCAACCGUGGACAUUACCCUUGUACAUAAGAAGGCUUUCACGAGCAAAAUUGAAUUGCUUCAAGAAAUGAUCUGAAGCUGUAAUACAUUUGUUCAGCUUUCAUUUACCAGAAUAGCAUGACGUACAGUGAUUGUUCACUUACUUUUAUCUGCCUUUUCCUUGCCUUAAGAUUGCCUUUUCUUAUUCAUCUGUUCUGUGGCCGUGGUCUGGAUAUCUGGCUGUUAUCAUCACGCCUGCGCAAAAAGCUGAAUCAUGGGAAGGCAUUGCACAAGGUCACGUGUCACUCACCGUGGUUUCCCCGCCGCAGGUAUGGGUGAUGGUUUCAAAACUGUGCUGUAGCAUAAUCACUAUUUUAAAUUUGUGGUAGGACCUUGUUCCUCUUCCUGCUAGCAUUUUACAGUUUGAGCUCUUAACUAUAUUUGUUCGGGCUCAACUAUCAUACUGAAACAGUACACAAGUAGUUGGAGAGCGUAGGGAAGGAUUGGAUUUCUUUAUUUCCCCAUGACAAACAAAAUAAACAAAAUAAAUUGAUACGUAACAAGAAUUGGAAAGAUGAGAGAAAGUUUGUAGACGAAAACCUAUAAGGUUAACAAGAAUUUUCGUACGACUACCAAAUUCUUACAAAAGAUAUCGCUAGCAACCAAAACAUCAUGGAAACAACAACAAAAAAUUGCAUCAGCCUGAGUAAAUGAAUAAACAGAUAAGUAAUAAAUGAAAAUAAAAGAAAAAAGGAAACUGGGAUAUGCGAUACCUAUGCAGGAAGACACUUGACUGUCCAUACGAAGGACACCUUUUUUGAGACGGUCGACCGGCAUCGAUGGUUUCCUUCUAAGAAAGAGUUCACAGCAUACCGUUUCUGUGAAAUUCUUGGUUAAGCCGUCUCGUAUGGUUCACAUUCUCAUGCAAGUUAUACAAACCUUACUGUAAGGGUAACUGCUGAAAUUGGAAGCGUCAAGAGGUCAUAUCGUGCAUGUGUCAUGUUUUUAUACUCUGCUAAAGCGUAAAGCAUUCUGGUCCAGUGUUAACUUAUCUCUAACUAUAUAACUGUUACUUCUGACCUGCAGGAAUCGGAGAUUGAGCCAAGAAGAUCUACUAUCAAACUUCCCGUUCGUGUCAAAGUGAUACCCACACCACCUAGAAGGUUUGUAAUGCUGUUUGCGCAUUCGGUCAAUAAAAUAGGUAAUUUUGCACUUGCGUGUCUUUUGCUAUGUUCACACACUAUCACUGGAUAGCUUUUCGUGCCGACACUAAAAGCUAUCCGUUAUAGUGCUAACAUCCUAUCUUUCCUACUUAUUCAAUUCCGCUAUAGUCUGCUACUCAGUUGUUUUUAGUGUCGUCACGAAACGUCCCCAGCGUUACGUGACGAUACUAAAAAACGACUGUGUAGCAGACUACUUCCGCUACGGUCCGAACACAGAACCUAUCCGAUAUGUGACUCUCCAGUUAAGAGAUCGUCGCGGCGCAGCUUCGCUCCGUUACAGAAAUCGCGCUGGAAUAACCAUUCCCUGACCCCUUGGACCGCAGGUCAGGGGCGAUUACUGGGCAGAGUUUUGCGUUGUUACUGAAUUUCUAUUUCAUUUUGUAUUUGUAUUUUGACCAUUCUCAUCAGACUCUUACCCAUUUAAUCCUUGCAGCAAGCGACUGUUAUGGGAUCAAUAUCACAACCUUCGCUAUCCUUCCGGAUAUUUCCCGCGGGACAAUUUGAAGAUGAGGAACGACCCCUUAGACUGGUAAGUUACGAUUAGCUUUGUUUUCUAGCGAAGACAGGGAGCUUAAGUGGGAGGUAUUGCCAAUCAGCUGGUAUAAUUGUUGAACUUUACUUUCAGGAAUGGUGAUCACAUUCACACCAACUUCAAGGAUAUGUACAUGCACCUCAGGAAUGCCGGGUAUUUUGUGGAAGUUCUCGGUUCGCCGUUCACGUGCUUUGAUGCCACAAAAUACAGUAAGAAGCCAUUUUCCUUCUUUUUUUUCAGGCUCUAAAAUUUGUAACGCUUCGCAUCUUAUAAAUCAGUUGGCGCCUAUACAAAGACUAUAUGAUAUAAUGCUCGAAUGUAAUGACUUAUGGAUCACCUAGUAAACAUUUAGUAAAAAAUGCAUGUCGCUGUGAGCGUGUAGAGUGUUUCUGAUCUACCUAACGGUAGUCAACGAGGUCUUUUUCAUUCUUCUUAACUUGGUGUAAUUAUUGUUCGGGAAUAUUUCCCGGCGCUGGUUUACAAUCAAGGACUGUAUCUUUCAAUUCCACUAAAUGCGUUUAUUCUCUCUCAAGGCGCGUUCGGUGUUACACCCUCAGUGUCUUUUCCGUUCUGAACUACAGCUCUUAAUACAUCAGUGACAUACUUUCACAAAAAGGAAAUACUAUAGUGCUGCGGUUAAUUCUUGGCUCGCUAAACGUUAUUGUAAUGCGUAGCUCGAAAUCAAGCCAAAAUUGUUCUUUGUUUCCUUAAAUCAGCGCGUGAGCUAUAUUAUCUAUGCAAUCUGUAAGUAAGUGUCACGCAGUGACGUAAAAUAAGCAACUGUCGUUACGUAGUAUAGAAUACAAUUGACUAUUAUCUGACAGUGAUGUUAUAUCCUACAAAAAGUUGUAUUCACGUGCUGACUCCGAUGCUGUGUCUGUUGUUAUGCCAAUAAAACACUGAGUGCGCCUGGCUUUAACGCUAUUUCAAUUUUUGUGCACUGGCAAAUUACUGUUUGCUACUGACUGACUGAAGUAUCAUAUUGCCCUAUCGCACACAAUUUCUGUGAGUCAAUGACCUUUUAGCUCCUUAGUGUCCUCACGUUCUUUAUACGGUCCAUUCCUAUUAUUCUUUCUUUGGAUUCUGCGUUUAUUCGCAGUUAGAAAUCGCUGGCAUCAGUCCCUAAGCUUAUCUGAUUGUAACGUUUCGUGUUGUUUUCUCUUAGGUACGUUACUUCUUGUAGACAGCGAAGAAGAAUACUUUGCCGAAGAGAUCACCAAACUAAGGGAAGACGUUGAAGAGAAAGGCUUAUCAGUUAUCGUGGUGGGCGACUGGUUCAAUGUCCCGGUUAUGAGGAAGAUCAAGUUUUAUGACGAAAAUACGAGACAGUGGUGGAUGCCUGAUACGGGCGGAGCCAAUGUUCCAGCGAUCAACUCACUUCUCUCUCACUGGAAGAUAGCUUUCAGUGACCAGGUGUAUGAAGGAGAGUUUACAAUCGGCGAGAAUAAAGGUGAGACUAAGGUUUAGCAAAGCAUUCGUUGUUUGCGUUAAUGUUAACCUUUCUAAGGGCCUGUUUACAUGGAGGUAGGGGACCGCAGGUGUGUGAGGUAACCCGCCUGUCCAUAUAAACUCUCAUUUUAAUUUGAUCGCGUUUACGUGAUAGGCGGGUUGACCCGCCAUAAGUUACCUCACCUACCCCGGGGUCCCCCACUUCCAUGUGAACAGGCCCUUAGUUUACUCAAUCUUUUGUCUCCCUAGACAGUGACGUUCAGAACAAAAACAAAAAUGAAACACACAAAACACACUACACUUUAGUACUUUCGUGGCGUUGGAACGUUUGAAUUGAUAAGAAAGAAAAGAAAAUAUAAUGUGGAAGAAUAAUUAUGGUACUUGAUGAGCUAACUUCCGUGAAUGCUUGCAUUCACCAGUACGUAAACGAAGUUUGUUGUUUAUUACUAAAAGUAACAGAAAGAGUCGACUAGAUAGUUGUACCGUAUUAUCUCGUCGGCGGAGUAAGCUAGAUGUCAAAAUUACAUCACAUUUAUGUCGUUAUGAUUAACUCAGUUUGUGUUUGUUUCAGUCUCAGUUUUAAGUCUUCUUUAUUUUAUAUUUUGUAAAGUUUGUUAGAGAUAGCUUUUGUCUAAAAUUUUAGUUCUUCUUAGUUCAAAUUUUGUCAGACUCAGCUGUCUUAAUGGUAACAAAUGCUUGUCUUUUGUUGUCGUCUUUCUGGUUUAUUUCUGUCAGCAAAACUACCAGCAUUCGCAGUUCUUUCGUCCGCUAUAGCUGAAGAUUGAAAUUCUUAAAUUCAGCUGAGCUACAUUACAGAUUUCAACAGAUUGUGUACGUUUUAAACACUUUGCUUUCUAAUUGUUUUCUGUAGUCUUGUACUCGUCCGGAACAAGC